GACCGCAGCGCUUCAGUGAGCGCUCGCCGCCGCCCAGCCUCUCCUCGCGCGCCUCCUAGCUCUUCGCAGAACAACUGGGAGCCAGGAGUGGUUCCGAGUCCGAGGGUGGAAAGGUCGAGUCUGGCUGGCUUUUCUCCUACCUUGCUUCUUUGCCCGCUCUCUUUUCCACUUGUAUGCGAAUGAGUGUGUGAGCCAUGGAGCCAAGAGCCUGGAGUCUGCAGUGUACUGCUUUCGCCCUCUUUUGCGCCUGGUGUGCACUCAACAGUGUAAAAGCGAAGAGGCAGUUUGUCAAUGAAUGGGCGGCGGAGAUCCCCGGGGGCCCGGAGGCAGCCUCGGCCAUCGCCGAGGAGCUGGGCUAUGACCUUUUGGGUCAGAUUGGAUCACUUGAAAAUCACUACUUAUUCAAACAUACAAACCAUCCCCAAAGGUCUCGAAGGAGUGCCCUUCAUAUCACUAAGAGAUUGUCUGAUGAUGAUCGUGUGAUAUGGGCUGAACAACAGUAUGAAAAAAAGAGAAGCAAACGUUCAGCUUUAGGAGACUCUGCACUAAAUCUCUUCAAUGAUCCUAUGUGGAAUCAGCAGUGGUACUUGCAAGAUACCAGGAUGACUGCAGCCCUGCCAAAGCUGGAUCUUCAUGUGAUACCUGUGUGGCAAAAAGGCAUCACAGGCAAAGGAGUUGUAAUCACUGUACUGGAUGAUGGCUUGGAGUGGAAUCACACAGACAUUUAUGCCAACUAUGAUCCAGAGGCCAGCUAUGACUUCAAUGAUAAUGAUCAUGAUCCAUUUCCCCGAUAUGAUCCCACAAAUGAGAACAAACAUGGGACCAGAUGUGCAGGAGAAAUUGCCAUGCAAGCAAAUAAUCACAAAUGUGGGGUCGGAGUUGCAUACAAUUCCAAAGUUGGAGGCAUAAGAAUGCUGGAUGGCAUUGUGACUGAUGCUAUUGAGGCCAGUUCAAUUGGAUUCAACCCUGGACAUGUGGAUAUUUAUAGUGCAAGCUGGGGCCCUAAUGAUGAUGGGAAAACUGUGGAGGGACCUGGUAGACUAGCCCAGAAAGCUUUUGAAUAUGGUGUCAAACAGGGGAGACAAGGAAAGGGCUCUAUCUUUGUCUGGGCUUCUGGGAAUGGAGGACGCCAGGGAGAUAACUGCGACUGUGAUGGCUACACAGACAGCAUCUACACCAUCUCCAUUAGCAGCGCCUCCCAGCAAGGCCUAUCUCCGUGGUAUGCUGAGAAGUGCUCCUCCACACUGGCCACCUCUUACAGCAGUGGGGAUUACACCGACCAGCGAAUCACAAGUGCUGACCUGCACAACGAUUGCACAGAGACCCACACGGGCACCUCGGCCUCUGCGCCCCUGGCUGCUGGCAUCUUCGCUCUGGCCUUGGAAGCAAACCCAAGUCUCACCUGGCGAGAUAUGCAGCACUUGGUCGUCUGGACCUCUGAGUAUGACCCUUUGGCCAAUAACCCUGGCUGGAAAAAGAAUGGAGCAGGCUUGAUGGUGAAUAGUCGAUUUGGAUUUGGCUUGCUAAAUGCCAAAGCUCUUGUAGAUUUAGCUGAUCCCAAGACCUGGAACACUGUGCCUGAGAAGAAAGAAUGUGUUGUAAAAGACAAUGACUUUGAGCCCAGAGCCCUGAAAGCCAAUGGAGAAGUCAUCAUUGACAUCCCAACCAGAGCUUGUGAAGGACAAGAAAAUGCCAUCAAGUCCCUGGAACAUGUGCAAUUUGAAGCAACAAUUGAAUAUUCCCGUAGAGGAGACCUUCAUGUCACACUCACUUCUGCUGCUGGAACCAGCACUGUCCUGUUGGCUGAAAGGGAGCGGGACACAUCCCCUAAUGGCUUUAAGAAUUGGGACUUCAUGUCUGUUCACACAUGGGGAGAGAAUCCAGUAGGCACCUGGACUUUGAGAAUUACAGACAUGUCUGGAAGAAUGCAAAAUGAAGGGAGAAUUGUGAACUGGAAGCUGAUUUUGCAUGGGACCUCUUCUCAGCCGGAGCAUAUGAAGCAACCUCGUGUAUACACAUCCUACAACACCGUUCAGAAUGACAGGAGAGGGGUGGAGAAGAUGGUGGAUGUAGCAGAGGAGCAGCCCCUACAAAAGGGCCCAAAUGAGAACCCGCUGGUGUCCAAAAGUCCCAGCAGCAGCAGUGUGGGGGGCAGAAAGGAUGAGCUGGCAGAGGCGGCCCCAUCUGAGGCCAUGCUACGACUCCUACAAAGUGCUUUUAGCAAAAACUCAUCUCCAAAGCAAUCACCAAAGAAGUCUCCAAGCACAAAGCUCAACAUCCCUUAUGAAAAUUUCUAUGAAGCCCUGGAAAAGCUGAACAAACCUUCCCAGCUUAAAGACUCUGAGGACAGUCUAUAUAGUGACUAUGUUGAUGUUUUCUAUAACACAAAACCUUAUAAGCACAGAGAUGACCGGCUGCUGCAGGCUCUAGUGGACAUUCUGAAUGAGGAAAAUUAAAAUACGUGUGUGGUCU